AUGGAGAGAUCAUCAGCACAGACACAAUCAUUGGAGGGUAGUGUACCUGGUUGGAACAAUGAUAUGUUCAGUCCUGAAUUGCAGGCUGCCAUCAAUGAUAUCAUACCCAGUCAAGACCCAAUCGACAGAUACGACUUCAACCCUGUCAAGUACAUCAAUGAGAACUUCCCAACAGAACAAAACCUUAAUCAUCUUGAUACAUUCAUGGCUAGACUGAGACAAAAGAUCGCAAAGAUUGAUGAGGAGAUCAUACAGGAGAUUAGACUACAGAGCAGUACAGGUGCAAAGGGCAAGGAGGACUUGGAGAAUGCCAAGCGAUCAAUCAAUGAGUUGCUCAAGAAGAUUGCAGACAUCAAGUCCAAGGCCAACAAGUCUGAACAGAUGGUCACAGAGAUCUGCAAGGACAUCAAGUCGCUCGACUAUGCAAAGAAGAACUUGACCUCUGCCAUCAAGACUCUUAAGCAACUUCACAUGAUGGUGAUGUGCGUGGAGCAGUUAAAGGAAGGUGUAAAGACUAAGGAGUAUGCCAAGGUGGCACAGUUGCUUGAGGCAACUGCUGACUUUGCCGAGGGCUUCAAGAACUAUCGCGACUCACCAAAGAUCGCCGCACUCAACAGCGACCUCGAGAGCAUAAGAACAACAGUCAAGGAUCAGAUUUACACAGACUUUAAGAACUACAUACCAAGCACAAGUAACGUCUCACGAGGAGAUGAGGAUAAUAGAUGGAGGAGUGCAUGUUUGGUUGUCGAUGCCUUGGGUCAAGAGAUGAAGAAGGACUUCUUACGUUGGUUCUGCGAUAUUCAAUUGUCAACUUAUAAGAGCUCAUUCACAGUUGACGAGGAACACUCUCAGCUAAAGAAUGUCAAGAGGAGAUACAAGUGGCUGGUGCGCCAACUCAAUCAGUUCAAGUUGGAGUACGCUGGCGUCUUCCCAGUGACGUGGAAGAUGGAGGAGAACAUUGCCUACGAGUUCUGCUGCAUCACCAAGCUGGCACUGCAAGACCUGCUCAACAGACACAGGAACGACGUCGAUGUCAACGUGCUGCUGAACGCACUCAACAAGACUCUGGAGUUUGAGAAGCAGAUGUACAAGGCAUUCGCCGCCGCUUCACAACAGAGGGACUCGCAGACGCCCGAGCCCGAGCCCAUCCAACAACAGGAUGACGAGGAGCAUGAGCACGAGGAGGAGCACGAGCCCGAGGGCGAGCAGAACCCACACAGCAUCGAUGCUAUAAACGAGCGAUGGAUCAGGCGACAGAAGCAGCUGGAGCAGAGGGAGCAGGAGCGAAACAAUCCCAACUCCCCAGCAGCGGGCGGACGCGGCCCCGCCGGCCCCAACACACCAAAGCAGGUCGACCGCACAUACGAACGAUUCCUUGGCAUUCUCUCGUCGUCGUUCGAUCCUUACAUGGACCUGUACAUCAACGAGGAGGACAAGAAGAUGAGCGAGGCGCUCACCAAGCUGGUCAGCGAGGAGAAGUGGGUUCUGGAGGCCGAGGCCACCAACAAGAUCUUGUCCAGUGGCACAGACCUCAUUCAAUACUUCCGCAAGGCCUUGGACCGCUGCUCCUCACUGUCCAAGGGUGAGCCAUUCUUCAACCUCUACACACUGUUCACCAAGUACCUCAGGCAGUACGCCCAGGUACUCUCCUCAAAGGUGCCAAGCGACUUUGGAAAGGCACACGACGAGCGCGAGGACAGAAUCAUCUGUCUCAUUAUCAACACUGCAGAGUACUUUAGCAAGACAACGACACAGAUUGCAGAGAAGUUCAAGAAGCUCAUCAUUGAGCGCUACAAGGAGAAGAUCGACUUGACCGGUGAGAAGAGCGAGUACUCCAUGGUCAUUACCAAGAGCGUCAAAUCAUUGGUUGAGGGAAUUGGUGCACGAAUGGAGCCACACAUCCAGACAAUGAUCAAGACUGACUGGGGCGACAAGUAUCAAUACGUUGGCGAUCACUCGCCCUACAUCGAUGCCAUCAUGAACAUCAUUCACGAGUCAUUCAAGGUUGAAGUUGAGCUUCUAACUCCAUUCUACUUUGGUUACUUCUGUGACAAGUUUGCAGAGAUGUUCAUAUUCAAGACAACUCAAUCAAUAUAUAAAUGCCAGAGGAUAUCAGAGAUUGGAGCACAAGGAUUGCUUCUUGAUAUUUCAACAUUGAAGAAGUGCCUGGAGGGUCUGCCACUGAAGGCCUUGGGCCAGCCAAACAACAGAUACAUCAGAUUCGUCAAUACAGAGUUUGGCAAGACAGAGGCCAUACUCAAGGUGGUCGGAUGUCCGAACGAGCAGUUGGUCGAGACAUACAACGCAUUGAUCCCCGAGGGUUCCCAGGUCGAUCUCCAAAAGAUCGUGGAGCUCAAGGGUAUCAAGGCUGGCGACAAGACCGUCAUGUUGGAGAAAUACGUCACCAACGUUGAGAAGACCCUGCUCACCGGUUUCAAGAAGCUCAUCCCUGUAUCAUCAAUAUUCAACAACAGUCCAAACAACAAUAAUAACUAG